GGUUGUUGUCAGCUGACUACUUCUUCCUCGUCUAUUUCUUUUGCGUCGUUUCUUCCACAAAUAUUGCCCUAAUAAUUUCAAGCACAGGUCAAUGAAAUGUCUGCGAAACCAACCUGUUUAAUAGUGGCGAGUGCUUCUCCUCAAGGGGUGUCAGCAAAAUCUUUCCAUCAGUCCUUCAAUCUCUGCAGCUCAGCGUUUAACCUCCAGACAGCCACACCUGGGGGGAAGCCAAUAGACUUCAUUGGAGUAGAUGAAAGUACAGCUAGAUGGGUACAAGACUUCAAUGUGAAACCCUACGCAACACCAGCCAAACUUGAAUCUAUAGAUGGUGCCCGAUACCAGGCGCUGCUCAUCCCGGACUGUCCUGGAGCGCUGAACGACCUGGCACACAGCGGCUCUCUGCACCGCAUUCUCACACAAUUCAUCUCACAACAAAAGCCUGUGUGUGCAGUGGGACAGGGAGUGUCAGCGCUGUGUUGUGCCACUGAAGGACAGAGGUGGAUUUUCAGCGGCUACAGCUUAACAGGGCCGUCAGUGUUUGAACUGGUGCGGAGGCCUGACUUUGCCAACCUGCCCUUGAUUGUAGAAGACUUUGUAAAAGACAGUGGUGGAUCAUACACAGCAAGUCAAGAAGACGCCCUGCACAUAGUCGUAGACAGACACCUAAUAACUGGACAGAAUAUGCAGUCAACCUCACUUGCUGUAAAUAAUCUAAUCCUGCUUUGUACUGCCAAGUAAUAAAAAAAAGACACCUGGAGCACUCAAUUUCAACAGCUUAGUUGUCCCACAUUUAUAUUCAUGUAAGUAAACAAACACUUAUCUUGAACAAAUACUGGAAGAUGCUGGGUCAGAGCAGAUGUUUGGCAAAGCUGCAAAUACAACUUCAUUACUUGUCAAUGUGAAUAUAAAACGAAUAAAAGCCACACAGUUUAAUGUCUUGAUUUGAAUAUUAGAAAAAUGAGCAGACUGUUUCCAGGAGCAGAUGUAUUCUUGAUGAUGGAUGAAUCUUUUCAACGAGCACAGCUGGUUCCAGGAGCAGAGAUGAUUUCUAGCUUAGUACUGAACAGAUGCUGCAGGUGUCUGUGGCACACAAGCUCUGACGUCCUCCGAACACGAACAAACCCCUUCAUUUAAAAUUUAUACACAUUGAUGACGAUCAUGCACCUUUUUGUUGCUGAAUGCAGAUGUGCUACUGCACUCUGAUUGAACUGUACAUGUUUUGUUCACAAUGAGAAGAAAUAAAAUGUACUGAAGUACC